GGGUUGCGAACCAACGUCAUACGUGCACCGCCACCUACUGAUCUGGAGUGUAAAGUGUUCGCCUGCUGAAUUACAGUCUAAUGCGCCCUCUAGUGUUCACCAGCUGACUGACAGCAAAGAAGAAAAGAAAGUUCAUGUUACAUGAAGCUCGUACAGCAGGUGGCAGUGUGUCUGUAAUCCGCCAUUAACACGAAGAAGAGAAGGCGACUCUAGCAUUAAUGUAUUUUAAGUGAUCCAAUCUUACACAACAUAAGUUUUACAGAAGCACUAUAUCGCUUCAUUCCGAGUUAAAGUGUUAGUUAUGGUAGCGAAUUCUCCUUCUCCUCUACCAGAGAGAGCCAUCUAUGGCUUCGUGCUUUUUCUGGCAUCUCACUUUGGAUUCUUGUUAUAUUUAGUGUGGGCUUUUGUACCCGAGGUUUGGCUUCAUUCUGUUGGAUUGACUUACUGGCCUCAGAAAUAUUGGGCUUUGGCCACUCCCAUAUACCUGCUGGUUACUAUAGUAACAUGUUAUGUGAUGCUAUUUGGUGUGAAUUUGAUGAACACGGCUGCGCUGGAAUCAGUAGAUAACAUCACAGACCACUAUGCUGACAGCCAGCGAGUCGAGGAGCAUCAAGAUGAAGCGAUUCCCCGACUCCGAGAUCUCUCUAUCAGUGAAUUAAACCAUGUGUUUUACCUCCAUCAUCACGAGGGUGAUCGCGUUGUUUGAUUGUGUCUGGUGUUUCUCAUCUGGCCAGUUUGCGAUGUUGCAUUCUGUGGUGGCUGCUGAAGAUGUGUGGCGUUUGCUCAGGGUUUAGAAGAUCGCAUCCAUCAGCUUCCCUCUGACAUUUGACUUUCAGAUGAACCCUAGCAUUGGAUCAGGAGCACCCGAGCCACUGAAAGAGCCGCUGUACAUGACUGAGUAAAUCAGUAAAGCACUAGUGAAUCUUUAUUGCAUCAUUAACUUGUCAUACUGUAUCUGUAUGUUUACCAUUGACGUGGCAAAGACCUAGAAGCUCUUACGCUUCUGAAAGAUUUAAGGACUGUUUGGUGUUUGGGUUGUGAAUACUGCUGUGAUUUUAAAGUAUCUAAAAUGUCAAAACAUGCGCCUAAUACAUAGAGACAUACUUGAGUUUUGCACAUCCAAAAUUCUUCAUGACACAGGUUCAGAUUUUUUUUGGUUGUUUUCGGCCGGGUCAGACUGUGACCUCGGUGACCUUAGGCUAGAAGUGAAACGGUCAUCUCGCUAUCUGCUCAUCUUUCACAGUCGCUCUUCAAUCCGUCUGCAGUAUCUUACCUGCUCCUGCUUGCCCGCUCCGCCCCGUGUCUCUACCUGUAGACAGGUGAAGGGGCAGAUAUCGCCAGCCCUAGAUAACCCUCAUGAGUAAACAGGUUACUGGUGUUGGGUGGCCAGUCACCAUUUAACCUCUGACCUCGUGACCGUGUCUCGACCUCCUAGUGUGUCCUGUGUUUGUGAGCGGGUUGGUGGACGGCUGGCUGGCUUGUUGAUAAUAGUGCCACUGUUUUUUUAUUUUAGUAAUGUUAGAUGUUCUACUAGAUUACAUUUGUGCAUUUAGCAGACGCUUUGAACCCCAUGAUGACCUUUAGCACAAUGCCUUAUAGCAAUACAGGAGUCUAAAAAUGCAUCUAAAAAUUAGAUUUUAUUAGUAGGGUUUUAAAAUGAGAGAUGUUUAUGUGCUGUAUUAAUCAAUAAACACUGGUCAAUACAAA